GCCUUUCUGGACUCUUGGAGAUGCUCUUCCUCAUGCUAUAAAUUUUUGGGCUAUGCCUAAAUAUUGAAACAACAGGCUCUGAACCGAGAAAAUUCGUCAUUGGCAAGCAACAAGAAAAUUCUAAGGCACAAAGAAAGGCGCUAUAUUCUUGGUGCUUUAUAUGAUCCAACCAUCACCCAACACAGCUUCUUGGUACCUCAUCAUCGGUGUUUCUCUAGUCUGCUUUCCUUGGUUCUUUUGGUUCCUUACAAUCCUUUAUCGCAUUGUUUCUCGUGCUUGUGGUUUUAGGAUGAUUUGUUGUGGCCCUUCUGGUGAUGAUCACCUUAAUGUUGAUAUUCCUUUGGGUGGGCCCACCAUCAACAAUGGUGGUAAUAACGGAGGUGUUCUUAGUAUUCCUAUUCAUGAUGCCAAUACAGCCGCUACUAACGGUGUUGGAGUUAAUUUUGUCAUCGAGAGUGGGAACGGGAAUGAGGUGGGUAGGACAUCUGGGGUGGAAGUGCAGCCAGGAAGUCCGAAGCGGGUUCAUUUUGGAGGGGUAGUUGUACUAGGUGAGGAAGACGGUGGUGACCAUAGAGAUGAGGAAAACCCGAAACCGAUGUCCUCACCAUCAUCGUCGUCGUCAUCAUCUCCCUCUCCACCAAGGAAUUCUACUGAGAGCGAAAUGCCCCUGAGAUUGUUUAUGGCUUCAUGAUCCGGACAGCUUAAAAAACAAUAUUUUUUUCGCAAAUCAAUCAAGUUGGCUGUAAAUGCAUCGAGCUAGGAUGAAGAUCCAAAUCGUCUUCAGAGCGUAAGAGCUGCUUGAUCGAAGAUAUCGUCUUCGGACAUUGCAAGCAGUUCUGGUCAAAGAAGAGGAUUGUAAAUUUUUUGUCAUUCAUACAAAAACUAUUUACAUGGUUAGCCUGUAGGAUAUUUAGGGGUGGGAAGGAUAGUGUUUUGAUCAAGUAAUGCCAUGUUGAAACUUUCUAUAUAUAGAAAAAUCAUAAUUUGAUUUGUCUGUAUUUCUAAAUCUGUGAUUAAAUUACCAGAAAUAGUUCUGAAACAAUCCGUCACCCGAAUAGUUUUGUGAGAAGACUACCAGGUACCCUAAGCUGUAAAAUUAAAAUUCCGUCUUGAGCGCAAAUUUUUGUUGGUACAGACACAAUAUUCUCUUAACUUUCUACUCGAAUAAGUACCUUGUUUCUCACGUCAUACUUGUAUUGUGAGUAAAUAUUUAUAGAGAAAAUAAAAGUCAAUCUACAUUAAAACCGUAACUUUGCCAACUAUGCAUUUCUCUCACUUCUCUGACAUAUAAAAUAUGAAGUACAUUCUUAUUGUAGAAAUUUAGAUGCGUAAAAACGGAAUAUCAAGAAAUUUAUUUCUUUAUAUAUAAAACAUGAUCUCAUGCAUAUAGUAAUACAAAUAUAGUAUUUUUAAGAACCAUACCCUUGUUCCAUGAUUUUUCACAAAUUAAAGAGUAUGUAUGAUAGUAGUGGAUAUCACAACAUCAAGUGUUAUUCCUCUGGUAUUGGUUCACAAGCACCAAUUAGAUCACUAUAUAUGCUAGUACGGAAUAAAAAAACUAAUAUUUUUUUUUUAUUUAUUACCAACUAUUCACUUUUUUUCUAAUAAGACAUU